CGAAACUACAUUUUGAUUCUAUCGCGCUGUAAAACGCAGCUGUGAAUGCCCUCAAUCCCGCCACAAUAACCACCAAAUUGCACUGACCUAUUGCACCUCGUCAAGAGCUACAGCUACAGCUACCUCUGCCCCUGAUACUUUCUCCAUCUACAUUGCAGCCCAACCUAGUACAAUUGGCGGGGAAUCUGCGAUUUGCAAACACAGACUGACUGCCACGCCACAUCACAUCUGACGAAAAAGGCAGAGCAGACGAGACGAGACACGAUUUACGAACGGCACGAACACAGAAGACACCGAUGAUGAGUUGAAAUCUACCUGAUGAACAGCACGAAAUAAUUCCUUCUCUGCGAUCGAGUUUGCUUCUGCAAAUGCAGACAACAACCCCUCCUUGAACAACCCGAUCGAAUAGUCCCAGUCGAACCCCCCUCCGACCGUCAAGAUGUUGGAAGGACUGGUAUCCUCGCUGCUCAACCGCUUUCUGGGCAUGUACAUACGGAAUUUCGACCCGGGACAACUAAAGGUCGGAAUAUGGUCUGGCGAUGUUAAGCUGCGGGAUCUCGAGUUACGCAGAGAAGCUUUGGACCAGCUGAAGCUUCCUAUAAAUGUGGUCGAGGGUCACCUGGGACAACUCACACUCAAAAUACCAUGGUCAAAUCUGCGGGGUCAACCCGUGCAGGUUGAAAUAGAAGAUGUUUUCCUGCUGGCUGCACCAAAAGAAGAUGCGGAAUAUGACGAGGAGGAAGAGGAGCGGAGGAAACAGGCUGUCAAAAUCGAAAAAUUAGACAGUGCAGAACUUCUGAAGGACCGGAACCAGGAAGGGAUGAGCCAGGAAGAGCAGCAGAAGAACCAGAGCUUUACGGAAAGCUUGGUGACCAAGAUUGUCGAUAAUCUACAGAUCAAGAUCAAGAACAUCCAUGUUCGUUACGAAGAUUCUAUAUCUGCCCCAGGACAUCCUUUCUCCUUAGGCCUCACGCUCGAAGAAUUCAGUGCAAUAAGCACAGAUGGCGAAUGGAAACCAACCUAUAUUCAAGAUUCAGCCGGUCCUACACAUAAACUUGCCACUUUGGGUGCACUGGCUGUGUACUGGAAUACAGAUAGCUCGUUACUGGGAACUGGCAGAGAAGCAGACGUUCCUGGUGUGGAGGUCGCUUCUCACGACGAAAUGCUGGAGAAAUUCAAGGAGAUGAUCGUGAAGGGAGAGGAUCCGAGCACCGCAAACCACCAAUUUAUCUUGAAGCCAGUCAGCGGUUCGGCGAAGAUUGCGAUUGAUAAAUCCGGAAAGGUUGAUAGGCCGCAUAUCAAAGCGGGUCUGUCGUUUGAUGAAAUUGGAUUGGUAUUGGACGAUGACCAAUAUCGAGAUGCCUUGAUGAUGGUGGAUCUGUUCCACUACUUUAUUCGUCACCAAGAAUAUAAAAAGUUACAACCAAAAGGGGUAUCUCCAAAGGAGGAUCCGAGAGCAUGGCUCAAAUUUGCGGCUGAUGCUGUUCUGAGUAAAAUCCACGAGCGGAAUCGGCGUUGGUCUUGGGCCUACUUCAAGGAGAGGCGCGAUGACCGAAUUCGCUACAUCGAACUUUUCAAGAAGAAAAAGAAGCAAGCCGAGCAGCUUUCGCCCGAGGAAGUCAAAGAACUUGAUGCCCUCGAAUGGAAGCUUGAUUACGAAGACAUGCGAUUCUGGAGGUCGUUAGCCAGAAACCAAUUAAAGAAGGAGAACGUUGGGGUCAAGAAAGCAACCACGACCAAGCAAAAGCAAGGUUGGGUCGCGUGGGCCUGGGGCUCGAAACCAGCAGAGGAAGAAGAGGAUGCUGAGACCACAAUGACCGAAGAACAGCGUAAGGAACUGUACGAUGCUAUCGAAUGGGACGAAAAAACUGCCCUUGCCGAAAGCGUUGAUCUGCCGAAGGAGACUGUCAAGCUACAAGUCAAUGCCUCGCUCAAUACUGGAAGUUUUACUCUCAAACGUGAUCCCCACCAAAACGUCAAUGAAGUUUUGAGUCUGUUCUUUGAUGGUUUCCAAGCCAAGUUUCUCCAGAGGCCAGAAUCCUUCCUUGCUGAUGUUAGUCUGGGCGGGUUCAGAGUUAAUGACGGAACGACACCUGAUAGUCUCUUCACUCAAAUUGUCCGUGUUAAAGAUGCCCCAGAAGCACCAAGGAAACUUCAAAUUGACAACGAUGGUGAUCAUGAUGAGGAGGCCGGAAACGACCCAUUCUUCAGCUUCCAAUUUGAAAAGAAUCCUCUUGAUGGCGCCAGUGACUUAGCUCUUACCGGGAAAUUGAAGCCCUUGGAAAUAAUCUGGAAUCCAAACUUCCUCAUCGGAAUCAUUGACUUCUUCAAACCCCCUGAGAGACAUAUGGAAUCAAUUGGCGCACUCAUGGAAAGUGCAGGUGCGACUGUGGAAGGGCUUCGUCAGCAAACCAGAGCCGGUCUUGAAUUUGCGCUCGAGGAGCACAAGACAAUUAAUGCUAAGCUCGACCUUCAAGCACCUCUGAUCAUUGUCCCUGAAAAUAUAGCUUCGAAGAAAACCAUUUGCUUGAUUCUUGAUGCAGGUCAUAUUAGUGUCACCAGCCAGCUUGUUGACAAGAAAACUUUGAAAGAUGUUCAAGCAAAGCAAAGGCAAUCAUACACCGAAGAGGAUUAUAAGCGACUUGAAUCUUUGAUGUACGACAAAUUUCUUGUGAAGCUCUCAUCAACCCAACUCUUGAUCGGUCCUUCUAUCGAAGAAACAAAGGCUCAGUUGGAAAACCGCGAUGAGUCGCAGUCAAUGCAUGUUGUCGAGAAAAUCAACAUCGAUUUGACUGUGGAGACUUCUAUCAUCCCCAAAGCUCCGAAUCUUACAAAAGUUCGGUUAUCUGGGCAUCUCCCAGUGCUUCACGCCUCAGUAUCCGACAAGAAGUACAAGAGCCUGAUGCGAAUCUUAGAAGUCGCAAUACCAAACUUGGACGAAGAUAUAGCAGCUGUAGAAGAGUCAGAUGGGGAGACUGCGGUGCAAACCCCACGACCUAGAACACAGAGCACAAUUUCGAAGAAGGACAUGCGUGAGAGGUCUCAAUCUACCUCAUUCAGUUUUUCUCCGCAGGAAGCAAUAAUUCUCGAAGACGAUUCCGAUGACUCUGAUGACGCAGAGUUCCAAGACGCAACUGAUGAGUCGGAGAGCGAGAAGCUUAGGAUCCAACAACGGAACUUCCAGCUCAUAUUCGAGGUGGAUCGUCUACAGGGUUCUCUAUUCAGAAGCGAUCCCGAAGGAAGGAAGCCAGAUCAACUUCUCGCUGAACUCGUUGCGGAAAACUUCUCACUUGAUCUUGUAGUAAGACCAUUUGAUUUGAUCAUAGAGACGUCCCUUGAAUCUUUGGUCUUGGACGAUUACGUAGACAAUCCGCCUGCGGAGUUCAAGUCUAUUCUAUCAUCUGGUGAUGAAGAUUCCGAGACUCCCAAGGAUCUUGUGAGUGUGAAAAUUGUCAAGGUCAAAAGAGAAUCGCCCGAGUUUAUGCCAAAAUACGAAGGGGUCGAAGUGAAUAUUGACGUGGCCAUAUCUACUAUCAACUUGGUUGUCACUAGAAAAACCCUCCUUACACUUCUGGAUUUUAUUCUGGUCACAUUUGCCAACAAUGAAUCGGCAGUUGAAGGCCCAGCGCCAGCGAUCACCGCACCUAAGGAAAUAUUGGAUGAAGAAAAUGAAGAGCAUCAAGUUGCAAAGCCUGCCGUCGCUUCCCAGGACAACAACACCAGCUCUGUCAGAAUCAAAGUCGACCUCAAGAGUAUCAGGCUCAUUCUCAAUAAUGAUGGAAUUCGCCUUGCUACUCUUUCACUAAAUGAAGCUGAUGUCGGGAUUUUUGUUAUGGGCAAAACCUUGCGCAUCGGAGCUAAAUUGGGUGAUUUAUCUUUGCUUGAUGACAUCAAUCAGGGAGCAUCUUCAGACUCAAACCUGAGGAAAUUGAUUACCAUCCAGGGGGACGAUCUUGCUGAUUUCCGCUACGAGACUUUCGACCCUGAGGGCACUGCCUACCCUGGAUACGAUUCUUCUAUCUUCCUCCGUGCCGGGUCUAUCAAGUUGAAUUUCUUGGAGGAGCCAUUCCGAAAGAUUAUCGAUUUCUUGGUCAAGUUUGGAAAGAUGCAAGCGAUUUUCAAUGCUGCAAGACAAGCUGCGGCAAAUCAAGCUUCCCAGAUCCAACAAAAUGCAAACCGUAUCAAGUUUGAUAUCAAUAUCAAGACUCCAAUUGUUGUCUUCCCAAGAGACAUGGUCGCCGGUCGCCCGAAGCGUGAUUUGAUAACAGCAUAUCUGGGAGAGAUAUAUGCUGAGAACAAAUUUGUUCCGCUGGACGAUUCAGAAGACUCUGCCAUUGCCAUGAAUCUGUCAGCAGGUAUCAGAAACAUUCGUCUAACAUCGGAUUUCUACUUCGAUGGAGAUAAAUCAGAAGAGCUCGAGCUUAUUGAUAAAGUGGAUCUUGCCUUUAAGAUUAUCUAUGCAGAGCAUGUCGACGGUUCCAAGCGGCCUGAGUUGGAAAUCGAUGGAAGCAUGACCGACCUAAAUCUGCGCCUUACUCAAUUGCAACUCAAAUUUCUUUUGGAGCUCUCGAGAUCAGUACCAGCCGCUUUUGCUUCUGAUCCUGUUAAUGACGAAAAGUCAGCCAGUGAUGAAGUACCAGCGUCGACCCUCCAAAAGGCGAGAACAUUACCAAGUGAAGACUCAUCUGGAAGUUCUGAGGCUCUUGUUGACCUUGGACCGGAGUUGGGAGCUCCCGCGAAAAGCUGGACUAAACUUGAUUCUGCAUUCCAUCUGCACACCAUUGGACUGGAGCUUAUUAUGGCCAAGGAAGACGAACCUGUUGGAGAUCUUGAUGCUUCCAGUUUAUCCAAAUUUUCGCUCGACGAUACCAAAGUCAAACUUCGCAUGAUGACAGACGGUUCUUUAGAGUCUGAAUUGCUGAUACAAUCUUUUACCAUACAAGAUAGUAGGACUAAAGAGACGAACAAAUUUCGAAAGAUCAUGACUUCACUGAACAAGGAUGUUCAACAAUUCAUGGCGAGCUUGACUAUCUCUGGCGGAAAAGAACGCAGUCUUAUUGCCAUGGUGGCCAUCGAUAGCCCUCGGGUUAUCUUUGCACUUGAUUACAUUUUCGCUUUGCAGUCUUUCGUGACUGCUGGUCUUGCAGUAGAUGAGCCUUUGACAGAGGAAGAAGGCAUGUUUUCUUCUCCGGAAGAGUCAGAGACUGAUUCAAUCAUGGCAUUGGUUGACGGGAGAUCCGCGCCGGUGAGAACCAAGACACUCAGCAGAUCUAGCAGUGAACAAUCAGAAGUUGCCACAGGAUCUCCUAUGUCUGUAGCAUUCAGAGUUAACGUGGUUAAUGCACAAAUCAUCCUCAUCGCCAAUCCUCUUAGCUCGAGUUCCGAAGCCAUUGUUCUUGGUACGAAGCAAAUAUUAAUGGCACAGCAACAUGCAUUGACCCUUCAGGUUCAACAUAUGGGCAUGUUCUUAUGUCGCAUGGAUCGCUUCGAGGACAGUCGAUUGCGUGUCCUGGACGACUUUUCAAUGCAAAUGUCACUCGACAGUUCUCAGAAAGAUAUGACCAGCAUUCAUAUUGACAUAGAGCCUUUGGUUCUACGCUUGUCGCUUCGAGAUAUUCUUCUCGCCAUUCAAAUCGUAACGAAAGCCUCUGAGCUUUCUGGUGACGACGAAUCUAAGGACAAAACGCCGGCAGCAGCCUCGGCUCAGAAGGCCAAACAGCUCAAGACAUCUAAUUCCAGUCUGAAGCAGCGGACUGCAAGUGGUAAAGGGUUGUCAACAAUCGGUAAAAAGACCAAGGCAACUACAAUUGCACCAUCGCAGCAAAAGAAUGAUAAGCCAGGAAAACGGGUCAUUCGAAAACAUGAGGAACUCACUGCUAUGUUAGAUGGAGUGAGGGUGAUCUUGAUUGGCGACCUCCAUGAGUUACCAAUACUCGAUCUCAGUAUCAGAAACUUCACUACCACCGCAACAGAUUGGACUAGCACAUUGAAAGCAGGUACAAAAAUCGAUAUGUUCGUCAAUAUUUACAACUUCUCAAAGUCGGCAUGGGAACCUCUGAUUGAACCGUGGCAACUUGGUCUUGAGGUUUCAAAGGAGACUUCACCGGAUGCUUUGUCUGUCAAUUUGGUCUCAGAAAAGAUGCUUGAACUGACAAUUACAUCGGCAACCAUUGCCUUGGCGUCUAAGUCGGCGGACUUUCUCACGCAGGAAGAUGAUAUUCUUUCGAAACCAAGAGGAACUGAGGCCCCGUAUCGAAUCAGGAAUUACACUGGAUUUGACAUCAACAUUUGGGCUGAUGUCUCUGACGAGGAGAACCAAAUGGCUGCUAAAUUGGCGGAUGGAGAAGAAGGGCCUUGGCGAUUCGAAGAUUGGGAGAAGAUGCGUGAGAAUUUGUCCCCGGAAAAUAGUACAGGAGUGGUUGGUAUUCGUCUCGAGGGUAGUGGGUUUGAUAGCAUCAACAAGAUUCCUAUCACCCGUGAAGGCGAAACAAUCUACAGUUUGCGUCCCCGAAAGGGUCAAAUUCUUCAUCGACUCCUUGUUGAAGUUACGCUCGGUGACGAUAAUGUCAAGUGUAUCACGUUCCGAUCACCUCUCUUGGUGGAAAACAAGACGCAGAUUCCAGUUGAGCUGGGAGUUUUCGACGCCCAGGAAGGACAUUUGCUCAAGAUUGAGAAGAUUGCACCAGGAGAAAGUCGACCUGCUCCAGUCGGGGCUGCUUACUUGAAGUCUCUACUUAUCAGGCCCGAUCAAGGCUUUGGCUACUCGUGGUCCACUGAAUCAUUGUUCUGGAAGGAUCUCUUGAAAAGACCAACGAAAACCUUGGUGUGCAAGGGUGAAAACGAUAAACAAACCCCUCCAUUCUUCUUUCAAAUGCAUGCUAGUUAUGACAAGAGCAGCCCUCUACCUAGGUAUAUUUCCCUUUUUGCUGUACUCAAUUAUCUAUUAAUAUGUUCUUAGCAUUUAUCCAUAUAUGAGAAUACGGCUCUCUGCCCCCAUAGAGCUGGAGAAUCUGCUACCUUAUGACUUCAAGUACCGAAUCUACGACAAAAACACGAAGAAAGACUGGACUAAUUUCCUUCGCAAAGGAGGAUUGAGCCCAGUUCAUGUUGUCGAGCUGUCUCAUCUGCUACUCAUGAGCAUCGACAUGCAAGACACGGUCUUUAAAGCCAGUGAAUUUGCCAUUAUAAAUUCAAACAACCAAGAAGAUUAUCGCAAGGAGUCAAGUCUGGUUGUCAAAGAUAGCGAAGGACUUUCCCUUAGUCUCAAGCUCCAUUACCAUAAGAUACCCGACAGCGGUGGGGCAUUCCGAGUUACCGUAUAUAGCCCCUAUGUCAUACUGAACAAGACUGGUCUCGCGAUCAACAUUAAAGCAAAAUCGCUUCUUCAAGGGGCCAAGACAGCUGCUGGUCAAUUCCGAACAGACUCGGCAGAUAGUGAGAGGCGAAAAGCUCUACCAUAUAUGUUUGCAUUUAAUGGCGAUGACCAGCGGAAUCGAGCAAUCCUUAAAGUCGGAGACUCCAAUUGGAGUAAGCCUCAAAGUUUCGAUGCUAUCGGGAGUACCACUGAUGUGGUUUUGCCAUCCCCCUCGCAAGACACCGAAAUCCAUGUGGGAAUUUCGGUAGAAUCGGGAGAAGGCAAAUACAAGAUGACCAAGGUCGUUACUCUUGCCCCGCGAUUUGUUCUUAAAAAUCGUAUGGAUGAAGAAAUCAGUGUUCGAGAGCCGGGAUCGUCCGAUAGCAUGACGCUGAAACCUCAAGCUCUGCAACCGCUUCAUUUCUUGCAAAAGAGUGCUCGGAAGCAACUCUCAUUAUGCUUCCUUGGUGUAAAUAACCAGUGGUCAUCCCCAUUCAACAUUUCGGAUCUUGGUACUACACAUAUCAAGUUGGCCAAAGCUGGGCAGCGGCAAAGACUCAUUCGUGUGGAGGUGCUCAUGGAGAAUGCCACAAUAUUCUUGCAUCUCAGUGCAGAGACAAAGAAUUGGCCGUUCUCGAUGAGAAAUGAGAGCGAUACUGAGUUUAUGUUCUUCCAAGCAAACCCUAAUCUUGAUGACGAGGAUUCUGAAGAUCGUUCAGGAUGGCGCCCUAUCAGAUACCGACUACCUCCGAGAAGUAUCAUGCCAUACGCCUGGGAUUAUCCCGCAGCGAAGGUCAAGGAGUUGAUUAUCAAUGGGAAUGGCAAAGAACGACACAUCAAACUCGCAGAAAUUGGAAACUUGAUACCGCUGAAGAUACCGGCACCACACACACCUCAGGGGUCGAGAGGAGAGUCGAAGAUUAUCGACUUGAAUGUUACGGCAGACGGUCCUACUCAGACGUUGAUUCUAUCGAACUACAAGGCUUCCAAGAGUUUGUACAAGCAGAAAUCGCGAUCAGAGUCUACAAGCAGCGUUGCUGGUGGGUUCGAGGUCAAGGAUCAAGACACCGGUGUCACAUUCCGCGCACAGUUGAAGCUUGCUGGUUUUGGUAUCUCUUUAAUCAAUGCCCAGCUGAGAGAACUCGCCUAUGUUACAUUCAGAGAUAUUUCUCUCAAGUAUUCCGAAUCUCCACUUUUCCAAACAAUUACAGCUGGUAUCAAGUGGAUUCAAGUGGACAACCAACUUUAUGGUGGCAUAUUCCCUAUGAUCCUCUAUCCUAGUGUGGUACCAAAGAACACGAAGGAGACGGAAUCUCAUCCGUCGGUCCAUUUUCAAGCAACUAGAGUCAAGGAUGAUUCUUAUGGUGUCUUGUAUAUCAAAUAUGCCACGGUUUUGCUACAGCAGAUGACCCUCGAAAUCGAUGAAGAUUUCGUUUUGGCUCUUUUGGAAUUCUCGAAAGUGCCCGGGGCCAGUUGGUCAGAAACACACGAGGGUGUUUUGUGCGAUGAGAACUUGGAUAUUCCAGAACCAAAGCGAGAACAAUCGGGUCAAGAUAUCUACUUUGAGCUGCUCAAUUUGCAGCCCAUGCAGCUCGACUUGUCAUUCGUACGUACAGAUCGGGUCAACGUUGAGGAUAAAACAUCGUCCAAAAACCCAUUGAUGUUUUUCUUGAACGUCUUGACAAUGGCUAUUGGAAAUAUCAACGAUGCUCCAGUCCGUCUCAAUGCACUCAUGUUGGAAAAUGCCCGAGUCUCAAUGCCUGUUUUGCUACAAAACGUCUCGAACCAUUACUCGCAGGAAGGUCUUUACCAAGUUCACAAGAUUCUCGGUUCGGCUGAUUUCCUCGGUAAUCCAGUUGGGUUGUUCAACAAUCUCAGCUCUGGUGUUGCUGAUAUCUUUUACGAGCCAUACCAAGGCUUCAUCAUGGCAGAUAGACCUGAACAACUUGGUAUCGGAAUUGCAAAGGGUGCUACCAGUUUCGUAAAGAAGUCCGUCUUUGGCUUCUCUGACAGCUUCUCCAAGGUCACUGGUAGUAUCGCCAAGGGUCUUGCUGAGGCAACAAUGGACAAACAAUUCCAAGACCGUCGCCGCAUGACACGAUCAAGAAAUCGUCCCAAGCACGCACUCUACGGUGUCACAGCAGGAGCCAACUCCUUCGUCAGCAGUCUCGCAAGCGGCGUCGGAGGCCUAGCACGCAAACCUCUCGAAGGCGCAGAACAAGAAGGCGUCGCCGGUUUCUUCAAAGGAGUCGGCAAAGGCGUUCUCGGAUUCGCAACCAAACCCGCAAUCGGCGUCUUCGACCUCGCCUCCAACGUCAGCGAAGGCAUCCGCAACACCACCACCGUCUUCGACGGCGAGGGACUUGACCGCGUCCGUCUAACCCGCUUCAUCGGCACCGACGGCGUCGUCCGUCCCUACUCGCAACGCGAAGCCUUAGGGCAAUUCUGGCUCAAGCAGCUCGAUAACGGCAAGUACUUUAACGAGAUGUACAUUGCGCAUCUGGAGCUGCCGCGGGAGGAUGUCGUGGUCAUGCUUACGUACUCGCGGAUCAUGCUCAUUAAAAGCAAGAAGUUGACGUCGGAAUGGGAUGUCCCGCUCAAGGAUAUUCAGACGAUUAGUAAGGAGCGGACGGGCUUGAGUUUGACGCUGAGGGGCGGCACGAAUGGGCCGUUUGUUCCGGUUGCUGAGGAGAGUAGUCGGAAUUUUUUGUAUCGGAAGAUUGGGGUUGCGGUGGGGGAGUUUAACAAGAAGUAUAAGGCUACGGAGUAGGUGGUUUUGAGAAGGGGGAGAAAGAAGGGGGAUGGAAAGGAGGAGGUGGGGAGAUGAUAUACUUGUGUGGAUUGGACACAUAUCUGGUCCUUGGGAGAGCGGGAAUAACAUAUUAUGUGGUAUUGUAAUAGGGAUGGAUGAAUAGAUGGAAGGGAUAGGAUUUUCCUACCUUUUCUCUUUACUUUUACUUUUUCA